UCAGCUCUCAGUACACACUCCGAAAGGGAUGUGAAGCUGUCAACAUGAGGCUGCUCUUAGUAUUAGCAGUUGUAUUUGUAGUCUACAGCCUGACCACCGCCCAGCAAACACGGCCAUGCAAAAGCCCUCCAUACCUCAUGGGAAAGUUAGUAGUGUCCCUAAAGGAUGAAGUAAAAUUUUGGAAUUACGAAUACAACAGAGCACUGCAGCGGAUGAGAGUCUAUGAGACUGAAAAUCUGGUUAAUCGAUCCCUCACAAAUGAUUUUCUUCUGCACUUUGGAGAGGGUGUGACGUAUGAGAUGGACGGUCUGACCUCCACCUGCUCUAAGAGGCCUCUCCGAGCAGACUACCAGCCCAUAGGAAUCCCAGACGACGCAACUUCUGCAAUGCCUCUUAUCUUUGGCAGCCUGUCUGUGCCUGGUGGGGGGAUGCAGGUGAACUCAUGGCAGGGGCUUUCUCCACGAGGAGAGGAAUACAUCAAGUUUGUGACUGAAGUCGGAUGUGUCCCUCAUCAGGCAACCUUCUACACUGAGAAACACGGACAAGUGACCAUAGUGUUUCUGAACAGCACCGUGCACAAUAAAGCUCAAGAUGAUCUCAGCCCUCCAGGCUUUUGUCCAGAGGAGGACGCACAGCCUACAGGAAGACCAGUGGAUUUACUCGAGUUGUUCCUCGAAAGUAGAAUAAAAAAACUAAAAAGAACUUUCUCCAAACUCAUAAAUGUCUAUUUGAAUAAUUAUUCAUUCUUGUGAACACAUUCUGUUAACUGCUGCUUAUUUGUUUAUUAAAAAAAAUUUGAAAAGUU